GAGCUGAGGAUCCUGUCUACAUCUGCUGACUUCUUCCCCUCCGCUCCAUUCCCAGCAGGAGACACAGAGUGAACAUGCCCCCAAAGAAGGAUGCCCCAGUGAAAAGGCCAGUAGCCCCACCUGCCAAACCAGCAGCUAAGCCGGCUCUAGCGAAGCCAGGAACCCCGGCAGCUAAAGGCAAAGCACCAGAAACAGCACCACCAGCGGUACCACCAAAGCCUAAGGAGCCUCCAAUUGACCUCUCCAAAGUUGUGAUUGAAUUCACUAAGGAGCAGUUGGAAGAUUACAAAGAGGCCUUUGGGCUCUUUGAUCGGGUUGGUGAUGGCAAAAUCCAGUUGGGCCAGUGCGGAGAUGUGAUGAGGGCCGUGGGACAGAAUCCCACCAAUGCCGAGAUCAUGAAAGUCCUGGGACACCCCAAGACGGAUGAGCUGAAUUCUAAGCGGGUGGAGUUUGAAGAGUUCCUGCCCAUGUUGCAGACUAUUGCCAAGAACAAAGAUCAGGGAACCUACGAAGACUACGUGGAGGGGCUCAGGGUCUUUGACAAAGAGGGAAACGGCACCAUCAUGGGCGCAGAACUACGCCACGUCCUCGCAACGCUUGGUGAGAAAAUGACUGAAGAGGAAGUAGACACUCUAUUAACUGGGCACGAAGAUGCUAAUGGCUGCAUCAAUUAUGAAGCCUUUGUCAAACACAUCAUGGCAGUCUGAGCGGAAGAGAAGCUGCAGAAGGUGGGGUUGAAUAGCUGCACCCUUCAGGCAGGACUGCUAAACCCAUCACUCCCCGGUGGAAUCAACGUCCCCCUUUUUCUACCUUUGUAUAAACACAAUCGGCCACCCAACCCUCGCUCAGAGUGCUGGCUGCAAAUAAUGCUUCAUUUAUACAGGUACUGCAAUGUGGGAACAUCACUGAGUGUUCCUCUGUGGAACCAGAAGGGGGCACCAUCGAAUGCUACAGCCUCUAUGAGAAAAACAAAUUAUUAAAUCAUUUUGACUGUCCCAAAACAAUACAUUUAC